AGUUCAACAUGUCGAGGAGUUUGCCAUCAGGGAUACUUCUUGUGUUCCUAAUCUCUCUUUUCCCUCAUGGGUGUGAAGGGAGUGCGCUUGGAGGCGAGGAGCUGUCAGCGAAGGAGUUCAAGCAAAGAGUGAUUGAUAGUCAGGAUGUCUGGGUAAUUCUGUUCUAUGCUCCCUGGUGCGGCCAUUGCAAGGCCCUCUUUCCGGAAUGGAAGAAGUUUGCGGAUGCGGUAUCGCCUUCAAUCAAAGUGGGGCAGGUGAAUGCUGAUGAACAUAAGGACCUGGCUGGACAGUAUGGUGUGAAAGGAUUCCCAACAAUCAAACUUUUCAGCACGAACAAACGGAAUCCUUCUGAUUAUAAUGGUCAACGGAAUGCGAAAGCAUUAGCUCAAUUCGCUCUGAAAGCGAUCCAAGAUGCAGUGAUGGGGAGGCUUGGAGGAGUGAAUUCCGAAAAGGAAUCCAGCAGCUCAAGGCAGCGUUCGGGAGGGAAAUCGCAUGUGUUGAAUAGCAAAGAGGAUUGGCUAGUUCAAUUUAUGGCACCGUGGUGCGGACAUUGCCAACGACUUAAACCAGAGUGGGAGGAUGCAGCAAAUCAAUUGGCCGGAGAAUUCAAGCUGGGGGUUGUAGACGCAACCGCAGAGACCGGACUAGCAGGACAAUAUGGAGUCCAGGGAUAUCCGACAAUCAAACUUUUCAAGAGCGACAAUGACGGAAAGAAGAUUCCAGUUGACUACAACGGGGGGAGGACUGCGAGUGAUAUAGUACAAUAUGUCACAAUGCAUCUCGAAUCGACUGGAACCAUGAGACCGAUACCAGAAAUCAACAGCUUGAAAGUGUUCAAAGACGAAUGCAAUGAAGAUUGGCAUGGCAUUUGUGUCUUGACAUUCCUUCCGCAAAUAUUGGACGACCAAAGCGCCGGACGCAAUGCGAGGUUGAACAAAUUGUCAGAGGUCAAGAAGAAGGUAGGAAGAACUUUUCGAUUCAUGUGGACAUCUGGCGGCGAAAGCUAUGAGCUCGAAGAGAAGAUGGGAUUGGGCUUCGGUUAUCCCGCGUUGGUGGCAAUCAGCCCUUCGAAGAGGCGGUACGCGGUGAUGCGAGGAAAGUUCGAGAUUUCGGAUAUUGAUUUGUUCCUUUCCAAUGUACUUCGCGGACGGGAGGCAACUUCAGAGUUGAAACCCUGGCCUCCCAGCUUUGCGAAGUAUCCUGAAUGGGAUGGAAAGGAUGCUGUCGUGGAAGGCAAUCAAGCGGAAGAUUAG